AUUUAAAUAGGUAUAAUGUCACAGAGUGGAGUCGAAAAUUGGUAAUUUUUCAAACUUCUUGCGUCUGAAAAUUUUAAAUAAUUUUAUUUUUCAAAAAAUAAUAAAUUGUCACCAUAAAAAAAUUACUAUGUGGAAGUGAAAUUGAAACUAUUUUCAUUAAAUUUCUGCGCCAAUCUGGGUUUAAUAAAGUGGAUCCUCCCUUCAAAAAAAGUCAAUGGAUUUUGACCAAAUUCAGCAGAGACCUUCAUUUCGAAUUGAAAGUUCCUCAGAAAAAAUUUAAGCUCAGGAGGCGUGCUUGCUGAUGAGCACUCUGGCGGCGCUUCUCGCCAUUUUCGAACCAAUCUGAAGCCUUCAAAAAGUCGACUUUUACCCGACGAUUUCAAAUUACUCUAAAAGUACAUAAAUGGUGCCAGAGCCAUGUAUUUUGAGCGUCUCGAAUGACCCCUAGAUCCUCCCCAACCCCUAGUUUUCCAGCCAGUAAAAAAAUUGUUUUCAAUUUUGUCGCUACUAAAGAACACCCUAUAGUUGAGUAAGGAAUUUAAAAUUUGUUUUGAAAAAAUCGUGUCAAUAUGCCACAUACUUACGAGUAAAGCAACCCCCCCCCCCAACAACUUGGAACACUUAAUUAUUAGGUAAUAUAAAAGGAACUCGUUCUCGAUUCGCGAAUUUGCCUCUUUUGCACACGAAUGCUCACUUCAUCACUAUAAUACAUAUACACCGAAAGAUAAGAGAUCACGAGUAGUUGUUUAGAUAACCAUAGAUAGGUACCUACCUAACGCGCAUGAAAAUAUGAGCAGACCAUUCAUUUCGUAUCUCAGUGUCGUAUCGUGAACUUCAUAUCGUAAUUAGGUGAAUUUUCAUAAUCAAAAUGGCUAAACCAGCAGGAACCGUUAAUCAAGUUCUAUCACUAAUGACAGUGGCUACAAACGAAAUGGCACUCGGAAUCGCGAAUGGCUGGGUAGCACCUACAUUGAAUGGUUUACGAACCCCUGGAGGCGAAUUCUCUGUCACGAUGGAAGAAAGCUCGUGGAUCGGUUCAUUGGACCAGUUCGGAAAAAUAUUCGGAGCAAUUUUUACCGCAUUGACACUCGACAUUGUGGGCAGAAAAAUUCUACUCGCUGCCAGCGCAUUCGUACUUUUCGCAAUUUGGGUAAUCGUCAUGUUCACAAGAUCUGUACCUAUACUCUACGUAAUGAGAAUAAUGCUCGGCGUAUUUGCGGGCUUAAACGAUGGCACAAAUUCCAAUUACUUGGCUGAAAACAGUUCGCCGUAUAUUCGAGGGGUAUUCGGAGCUAUCUGUAUAACUCUUUACUACGUCGGUGUACUUGUCGAGUUCACCAUUGCGACCUACUGCUCGUACAGCAAUACCGCCCUCAUCAACGUAAUUAUCACAUUUUUAGCCUUCUUGCCAGUUAUAUGGAUCAAAGAACCAGUGCAAUUUUUACUCAUGAAAGGAAAAAUAGCCAAGGCAGAGAAAAAUUUCGCUUGGUUACAUGGCAGCAACACGAACAGCGAAGAGAUCAAAGUGGAAUUCGAACGAAUUAAACAAAACGCCCAAGCAGAAAACUUGAAAAAAUCCUCCUUCAAGAAAACAAUCACAGCUCCGGCUAAUUACAAAAGUAUGUUCAUCAUGAUCACCAUCUAUGCGUUAGCUGGAUGCACGGGGUAUUUUCCAGUCAUGUCGUUCGCUUCGAUAGCUUUCUCAGCUUCGGAUAUCCUGACUCCGAAUGAAUUCACUGUACUGUUCGGUAUCGCUCAAACUCUAGUCGUCGCUGUCACCUCAUUCGUCAUCAGUCGUUUCAGUCGUCGGACCAUCAUCUUAAUCUCAUUUUCAUUGAUCGCUGCCAGUCAUGCGGUGACUACUGGAUUAUACUACGUGAACUCCAACGUGGUGGCCAUUCCUUAUUUUCCUUGGCUGAUCUUCGCCUCGAUCACGUUUUACGCCAGCGUUUACGCUUUCGUUUAUCCAGCCGUAUUCGUUAUUCGAGGAGAAUUAUUUCCUUUGAGUGUGAAGGCUACCGGAGGUUGCCUUUCUGUUAUUGCUUAUUCAGCUACCAGUUUCUUGACCACUAAGAUGUUCUUGUACAUUUCGAAUGCCUACGGAAUCGAAGCCAAUUUCUUGCUGUUUACUUUUCUCACCCUUCUUACUAUUCUUUUCGUGUAUAUUUUCUUACCAGAGACGAAAAAUAAAUCGUUGAUUGAAAUACAAGAAAUGCUCGAAAAGAAUGAUUAGUUUACUACAUAGAUGAUUUCAGCGCGAGGAUAGCGUUUUUCGUUUGUUACAACGGUACUUUUUUGAAAUGAAAUUCGAUAAGUAAUUGAAGCAUGUGUUUCCAAAACGCACUAAGUCCAAAAAAAUAUUGAUAAGAAAUUCAUGGUACUUAGUACAAUUUGGAAACGUAGAAGUGGACCAAAUUGGCUGAUUUUUUGAUAUGUUCUAGCCAAGACCCUUAGACACAACAUAUCAAAAAAUCAGCCAUUUUGGGCUGCAACUUUAUGCUAGAUGGCCUUGCAACCUCAGAAUCUUUGAAAAUGGACUUAGUGCGUUUUGGAAACACAUGCUUCAAUUUUAUCUAUUGUUUUGAAAAAUGAUCUACACAUGCAUUUUUUUAAAACCAACUUGAUGGGUUAUUUUUUGGCGGAUUGAGGCAAUAAUUCCCUAAUUUCUCAUUAUUUGUUUCAAAAAUAAUUUAAAUCACCAGGUACCUACACAACUUGUUGAGCAAGUGUGAAAAAAUGAACUUGAUAAGUACCUAUUAAUUUUUUUUCGUAGAUCACCUUUCUCAUUUUUUUUAGCAUUAAAAUUUAUAAAUGAAACCGGUGGUGGAAGGGAUUUCCGCAUGGGAAUGAAGAUCGGCAGGUGACAAUUUUUUUUUGAAAUCAUUUUAAUGGGUUCACUUUUGGCAAAGGAAAGAGAUCAUUUUGAGAUAAUGCACUCGAUAGAGGCAAUCUAAUUUUUCAAUAAUUCAGGGUGUCUACCAAAAUUUGAUAUUCAAAAAUCGCGACUUUUCGCGACUUUUUUUUCAGUACCCCCUCAUUUUUCAACAAAAAAAACCUUCCUACUUCAAUAAAAAAAUUAAAUUUGAGGCUGGAACGAUUUUCAGCGAUUUUUUAAUGAUUUUUGGUAAAAAUUCCGACUUUCUCAUUACUUUUGCGACCUAUUUUCAAAAUCGCGACUUUCGCAACCUGGAAGACAUCCUGAUUAUUUGUAUGAAGAAUAAUUUAAAUCGCAAGGUACACUCGCUGAGGAGUGAAAAAAAUGAGCUUGAUAACUGUAUUCCGCCCUCCCCCCUCCCCCUUCAGAGAUCGCCUUUCCCAUUUUUUAACCAUUAAAAUUUAUUAUUGAAACCGGAUGGGGGAGGGGAUAUCCGAAGGAAAUGAAAAACGGCAGGUGAAAUCUUUCUAAUUUUCUAGCUCUUACUAGAAGACAUGUCUAUCAAUUACCUACUCAAAAAACCAUAUCUAGGAAAACAACCGCUAAAAUAUUCAGAAAUACCUAUUCUGAUGUUUUAGAAAAUAAGUUUAAGAACGAUUUUCUAAUGUCAGAUGAGUAAAAGCCUUGGACGUAGCUCAAAAUCAUCGUUACAAGUCUGAAAUGAAAGGGAUGAAAAAUUUGGAUUGUUCUCCUUCAUCCCUCACAGGACGAUAGUAGAUCAUUUUUGUGAUAUUUCUAAUAAUUGCUAUUUUUUUCGUUUUCUUGAUUUUUUUUGUUUUAUAUUAUAUCAACGUUUCUGUUUGUUUUUUUUGAAAAUUAUAAUUAUUCGUUUUCAAAUUAUAUUAUUUAAAAAAUA